AUGAGCGGGAAGAUGUGGGAGGUCGAUCCCGAAACUCGCUCCAAACUGCUCGAAAUCUCCAAGAGCAACGAGAACUCUCGGUGCGUCGACUGCGGCGCCCCCAGUCCUCAAUGGGCCUCGCCCAAACUCGGCAUCUUCUUCUGUCUGGCCUGCUCCGGCACCCACCGCUCGCUGGGAGUGCACAUCUCCUUUGUCCGCAGCGUCACCAUGGACGCCUUCAAGCAAGGCGAAGUAGCCCGCAUGGCCGCUGGAGGGAAUGCGCCGUGGAGGGACUUCUUCAAUCAGCAUCCCAGUAAUACCCUGCUGGGGAGGGAUUUCGACGCCUGCACCAUUGCCGAGCGGUACGAUAGUGAGGCCGGGGAGGAGUGGAAGGAGCGAUUGACGGCGAAAGUGGAAGAGCGGGAAUAUGUGCCGGGGGAGAAGAAGGCGGUACCAGUGAAGAAGGCGGCGACGCCGGCGAUGAGUGCGGCGGGCAGUGGGAGGAGCACACCGAUGGGAAGUGCCCCACCGCAACGCGUCGCUUCCCCCUCGCAAAAAGCGAGGAAUGAGGCAUAUUUCGCUUCCAAGGGGCAGGAGAAUGAACAUCGCCCCGAAGGUGUCGCGCCCAGUCAGGGAGGCAAGUACGCGGGUUUUGGAUCCUCUCCUAUGCCCACCUCUUCCAACACUUCUUCGGGAGGUGUGCCCACCGCGAAUGAUUUCCAAAAUGACCCCGUCGCCGCCCUGACCAAAGGGUUCGGAUGGUUGUCGAGCACCGUCACCAAACAGGCGGCUACUGUGAAUAAAACGUACAUUCAACCGGGCCUGUCCAAUCUGGCCCAGGCCGAUCUUGCCGCACAGGCGCGAGCGACGGCGGCACAACUCGGUUCGACCGUCCAGCAAGGUACCAAGGGCUUGGGAGAUCAGUUUCAGAGAUUCGUGGAUCCUGAUGCUGCGAGUAGUGGCAGCGGCGGGAUUGCGAGAGGGGGACAGGGACCUGCGAAGAAGGACUUUUGGGAUUCUUUCGGCGAGGCGCCUGCGGGGCCGGCGAGGGAGAAGAAGGACUUUUGGGAUGAAUUCGCCGCCGUGGGUGAGCAGGUGCAGUCGAAGAAGAGUGCGGGGAGUAGUAGUAUUGGCACGAGUGCCAUGAAACCCGGUGGCGCGAGUGGGAAGAAGGACGAGGAGGAUGGGUGGGGAGGGUGGUAG